UUUACCUCCAAUCAAACGGAUCCUAAUAGAAGAAACUUAACAUCAGAAUAGGGUUUUUGACAACACGGCAUCUUCUUCGUCUCAAAAUCAACCACAAGAAUCUUCUUCUUCGCCAAAUUUCGAUGGCGGAUAGAAUAAGCACUUUACCAGAAGCGAUUAUCUGUCACAUUCUCUCUUUUCUCCAAACCAAACAAUCCGCUGCUACAAGCAUUCUUUCAAAGAGGUGGAAGAAUAUAUGGCUUUCAGUCCCCGUUCUCGACUUCCGCCCCACCAGAAUAACAGACGCAACCACCAAUUUCCGCUUUAACGACUUCGUCUACUCCGUUUUCAUCUCCCGAGAUCCCGCACUUCCGAUCAAAAGUUUCUCCCUCCAUGUUAAAUAUAAAUGUGGUUAUAUUAACACUACCGGUUUUCCUCUCAUUCCUAGUUUCACCAAAUGGCUCAAUUACGUUUUACAACGCGGUGUCGAGCACCUUACUCUCGAUGUAGCCACACCCGGUGGCUUGCCAUUAUUGCCUAUUAGCAUUUUCACUUGCAGAACUCUUGUGGUUCUCCAUCUUACUGUUUUCUGGGUUCAGUAUAGUUUUUCUUCCGUUGAACUACCCUUGCUCAAAACCCUUAAUUUAGAAUUUAUAACUUUUCCUGAAGAUGUAGAUUUUAUGUUGCUUUUAGAUGGAUGUCCAAUUCUUGAGAAGUUAUUCAUAUCUAAUGUGUUUUCUAAUUGCCAAGAGGACUCUCUAAUAAGCUCUAACAAAUGGAAAAACUUUAGCUUAGGUAACUUGAUUGUAGCAGAUGUAGCAGAUGUUGAUUUCUCUUAUUUUCGUUUUCCAUUCCAAGCACUUCAGAAUGUACGGUCACUCUCUAUUAAAAUUGCUAAGGAGCAUGUUAGAAUUGAUGCCAUUCCUACCUUUCAUAAUCUGACCUAUUUGAACCUUACCUCUCUCAAUUAUAAGUGGUGUAUCUUAGUAGAAUUUCUCAAACACUGCCCUAAGCUUCAAAACCUUAGCGUUGAUGAGGCCGGCGGCAUGAGGGAAACAUGGACUAGAAAAGAUGACAAAGAAAGUUGGGUGGAUCUAGAGUUUGUUCCGCAAUGCCUUUCAUUACACCUUAAAACUUGCCACCUUUUCAGCUUCUUAGGCCUACAGGGUGAGGUUUUGCUGGCAAGAUAUAUUUUGAAGAACGCAAGAGUUUUAGAAACCAUGAAUAUCAAGACCAUUGGAAAAUCCAAAUCCAAAAUCAGAAGAUGUUUAUCCUCGUUCCCGAGAGCCUCUUCAAUGUGUAAAGUUAUAGUUAAUCGUUUUCCCAUGUGAAUAUUGAAGGUAAUGUGUGGAGUACUUGGCUUCUACAAAAAGUUUCAACAAGUCAUUGUAGACGAGGCAUAAUGAUGAUGGUGAUGAUGAUGACAUGCUGUAAUUUCACAGUGAAAGUUGAUUUCAUCUAGUUUUUGGCAGGGUAUGUUCCUAAGAUGUUUGCUACCAAUUUUAGCAUAUUACUUGGCAGGGAGUUCUGAACAAAACCAAUUAUUUUUGUAAGAGGGACGAUUUACGGGGCUUCAAUCAAAAUUCCGAAUGAAGCCUUGACAUUUCUCUCAUAUUUAAAUAUAUGAAGCCUUGACAUUAUCUCUUUCAAAAUAGGGGGACUUUUACCGUGAUCAAAUGAGUUGAUUUGCCCAUUAUGGACAAACAUACAUGUUAUCCUUGAUAGCAAGUUUUACCUUAGUUUCAGUGUAUUUUUAUUUUCUUUUCAAGACAUGAAACAAUAACAAGUAUGCACAGACCACACUUGAAAGUUAACUAACUACCAUGGUUUAACACAUUUAAAUUUCGAUCUUCUUAAUAGACUGGUAUUAGUUUUACUUCUAGUAUUGAGCUUGCCUUUGGAUGUGUGAUAAAUAGCAUAACAAGUGAUUGUACCUAGGGAUGGAUGAUACUCAUUCUUAUAUUCUAUGUCUAUGUCUAUCCAUGAGUGUUUUGUCUUGGGAUAAAAGAGUCCUUGCUUUAGUCAACUAUACAUUUGGGAGUUGCAGUCGGGAGCGUCUUGGUAAUGCAUUGUCUGCGAAUUGUUUCUGUUAACAUCAGAUUAUGUAGGAGAUUGAUUGUUUGAAGCUGUUUGAGAGUUAGUUGGUGUGUGUGAUGAUUAACUUUUGGUGAUGAAUGAUGAUUAAGAUUGAAUCUUAGUGGUAGUGAAUGAUGUUUAUGGACGGCUCUUGAGAGAGGAGAGCCCUUGUUUAUUUUGUCACGGUUGAACCAUAGCUGACUAACACAAGACCUUUAAAAACGUAAGACGACUCUGGUGUUGAAUGUACUUUUGUAUGAAAAUGAAAGAAAUCUACAGUCAAUUGAGUCUUGGCUCCAUGGGUUGUCUUGAGAAGAAAAAGUUUCUCUGUUCCCUUAUAUAACUACUAUCAGGAUACCUGUCGUAGUUUUUUUUUUUAUUUUUUAAAAGCAAGAAACCAAUAUAUUAACUCAUGGGACAAAAUACAAAGAGGACUAAGACUCCCCCAUCAAAGAAAAUUACACUCCUAUUGAAAUCUAGCUUAAGUAAAACAAUGGGUUAUGGGGGGUGGUCGGUCAAUUCAUUGGAUCUAGAGACAUUUCGGACCAUUGUCCUAUUUGGUUGGUGGUGGACAAUGUUGAUUGGGGUCCGAAACCAUUUAAAUUUAAUAAUGAAUGGUUUUCUUUGGACUCUUUCUUUCCGUUCGUCGAGAAGGAGUGGAAAAGUCUUGAGGUGGAGGGGAGGGGAGACUAUGUUCUAAAGGAGAAGUUGAAACUUCUCAAACCCAUUUUAAAGAAGUGGAAUUGCGAGGUUUUUGGGAGGUUUGACUUGGAAGUAGAGGAAGGAGUGAGGGACAUUAAUCUCGGAGAUGAAAAGUUGGAAGAGGUGGACGACAUUUCGUUUAACGAGGUGGUG